AUGCCAGAGACCGUCGGAGAGAAUGGCAACGCCGCCCCAGGCCGUCUGUUACUGCUUUCCAACCGUUUGCCCAUCACCAUUAAGCGAUCUGAAGAUGGGAGCUAUUCAUUCUCUAUGUCCUCUGGUGGUCUGGUUACUGGACUAAGCGGUCUCAGUAAAACCACUAGCUUUCAGUGGUAUGGCUGGCCUGGUCUCGAGGUCCCCGACAACGAAGUCGAUGGUAUGAAACAACGACUAAAAGACGAGUACGGCGCACACCCUGUUUUUAUCGACGAUGAGCUUGCAGACAGACAUUACAACGGUUUUUCAAACUCGAUCCUCUGGCCUCUAUUCCAUUACCACCCUGGUGAGAUUACAUUCGACGAAUCCGCAUGGGCUGCAUACCAGGAGGUCAACCGCCUCUUCGCCAAGACUGUUAUCAAAGAUGUUCAGGACGGUGACCUUAUUUGGGUCCACGACUACCAUCUGAUGCUGCUUCCUCAGAUGCUCCGUGAGGAAAUUGGCGAAUCAAAGAAGAACGUCAAGAUUGGUUUCUUUCUUCACACACCAUUCCCCAGCAGUGAAAUCUACCGAAUCUUGCCUGUACGAGAGGCGCUCCUGACUGGUCUCCUCGACUGCGAUCUCAUCGGCUUUCACACAUACGACUACGCUCGUCACUUCCUUAGCAGUUGUUCUCGCAUCCUCGAAUGCCCCACCACACCAAAUGGCGUUGACUGGAAUGGCCGUUUUGUGACUGUCGGUGCGUUCCCUAUCGGAAUCGACCCCGAUAACUUCGUCGAAGGCCUGAAGAAACCAAAGGUGCAGGAGCGAAUCGCUGCUCUCAGCCGCAAGUUUGAGGGCAUCAAGCUUGUUGUUGGUGUCGAUCGAUUGGAUUAUAUCAAGGGCGUUCCUCAGAAGCUACAUGCUCUUGAGGUAUUCCUCACCGAGCACCCCGAGUGGAUUGGUAAGAUCGUCUUGGUUCAGGUCGCCGUACCUUCACGACAAGACGUCGAAGAGUACCAGAAUCUUCGUGCUGUUGUCAACGAACUGGUUGGCCGCAUAAAUGGAAAGUUCGGUACCAUUGAAUUUAUGCCUAUCCACUUCCUUCACCAAUCCGUCAACUUCGAUGAGCUCACUGCACUAUACGCUGUUUCUGACGUUUGUCUCGUUUCAUCCACCCGUGACGGCAUGAACCUGGUUUCUUAUGAGUAUAUCGCAACACAACAAAAGAACCACGGUGUUAUGAUUCUCAGUGAAUUCACGGGCGCCGCUCAGUCUCUGAACGGUAGUUUGAUUGUCAACCCCUGGAACACAGAGGAGCUUGCCAACGCCCUACAUGACGCAGUUACAAUGAGCCCCGAACAGCGCGAAGCCAAUUACAAGAAACUCGAGCGUUAUGUCUUCAAGUACACAAGUGCUUGGUGGGGUGCCAGCUUCGUCGCCGAAAUGACUCGCCUUAGUGCUGAAGGUUCUCAACCCAAGACUCUUCGCAAUGUCUCAGGUGCAGUGAUCGGGCUGGAGCAGAAGGCACAGCAAAUUGUUACUGGACUCGAGAAGAAGGCGGAUGAGCUGUUGUCGGGUAACGAGAAGAAUGAAACCGAGACGAGUGAAGAGCCUUCUCAAUAA